AGUCGUGCGAGAAGGACAGCGAUACACGUCGCCUCGCGGCGGCGCGCUGUUACGUUCGUCGACCGACUGCGGGGUUCGGGUUCGUGUUCGUGUUCGUGGGGUACGACGGCGCGACGCGACACGGUGAGAUUUGGGGUCCGACAUGUUCCAUCGGCAAUGCGGCCAACGUGUCACCCUCAGCAACAACAAUUGCACCGCUACCCGCAACUUCUCCGAGUACAAUUACGGUCUGGUGUUCAGUGCCGAGCCGCUCCAGGAUGACGAGGUGUUCGAAGUCACCAUCGACAAGAAGAUGAUAUCAUGGAGUGGCAGUAUAGAAAUUGGUGUGACAGAAUGCGAUCCAGAGACAUUGGACAUACCAUCCUGUGCCAUAAAUCUACGUCAUGGAUCUUGGAUUAUGACCGGCUGCGGCAUAGUUCACGAUGGAGAUCGAAUUGUCGAUUUAUAUGGAACGGAUCUUAAUGAUCUGGAGGAGAGCAAUACUGUAGGAGUAAUGCGAACAUCCAAUCAUGAACUGAUAUUCUACGUCAAUGGUAUUUCACAAGGCAUCGCUGUCAGCAACAUUCCGGAGCGUAUUUUUGCUGUUGUAGAUAUGUACGGUGAUUGUGUACAAGUCAGCAUAGCUAAUCCCAGACUUGCUACUUUGUGUAACAUGCCAAAAGACGAAGUCGAGAUUAACAAUGAUUACGUUAUGGGUGAAACCUCCAGUUCCUCAACAACAAAUCUAGUCGCUAACUUAAAUGUUAAUUUAAAUGUUAAUGUAAAUGUUAAUUUACCGAAAAAUCCUACCCCUGCCGCAAUAAGGGAAGAUAGAUUGAAGUUUCAUGAGAGAGUCGGAACGUUAGUGAAGCUGUCCAAUAAUGCCAGAACUGCCGAGAGGCGGAGACCACUCGAUGAGUUUAACAAUGGUGUUGUAAUGACACAUAGGCCACUGCGGGAUAAUGAAUUAUUUGAAAUACGAAUAGAUAGGCUAGUUUACAAGUGGUCGGGAAGCAUAGAAGUCGGCGUUACAACCCACAGUCCUACAGCACUAGAAUUUCCGGCAACAAUGACCAAUAUGCGUUCCGGCACGACGAUGAUGUCCGGCUGUGGUAUUUUGACAAACGGCAAAGGUACACAACGGGAAUACGGAGAGUUUAACUUGGACGAAUUAAGGGAAGGAGACCGUGUGGGAAUGAUUAGACAGAGUAAUGGAGAUCUUCAUUAUUUAAUAAAUGGUCUGGACCAAGGUAUCGCUGCCAAAGUACCAACAGGUGUAUGGGGUGUAAUAGAUCUUUAUGGAAUGACUGUAAAAGUAACCAUAGUUGAUCGCGACGAAAGGGAAGAGCAAAAUCUGGUGACAAGGAGAAACACAUUACAGUUACAAGGUCUGGAAAGCGAAGAAGCUGGAGAAGAGGAAUUGCCCGAUAGACUAAUGUUUCAUCCUUGUUGUGGCACACAUGCCGAUGUAAUCAACAACGGACGUACAGCACAUAGACCUAACGCCAUAGAUGAUUUCAAUAACGGUGUGGUAUUAACUUCGAGACCGCUGAAGCCCAAUGAACUGUUUGAAGUCCGAUUAGACAAAAUCGUUACAAAAUGGGCCGGUUCUAUCGAAAUAGGAGUCACCACGCAUUCCCCAACGGAGCUAGAGUUUCCCUUUACUAUGACGAAUGUCAGAUCCGGCACGUGGAUGAUGACGGGCAACGGCGUGAUGCACAACGGUACUACGAUGAUAGAUCAAUACGGUCAAAAUCUGGACCGUCUGCAGAUCGGUGAUCGUGUGGGCGUGAUGAGAAAGGACAACUCGACCCUGCACUUUUACGUGAACGGCGCCGAUCAAGGUGUGGCUGCAAUGAAUGUACCCGAAAGAGUCUACGGGGUGAUCGAUCUCUAUGGACAGGCUGCCCAAGCUACCAUAGUUGAUAACGUGGACUUUUAUAGUCCGACCACGAAUAAUUCCAGUUUUAGCAAUACAACGUUGUACAGCGAUCUGAGGUUUCAUCACGUACAUGGUAAAAAUGCGAGAAUCACGAAUAACGGUUUAACGGCAUCCAGACCGCGAGCUCUGGGUGAAUUCAACGAAGCCAUUGUAAUUGCGAAUCGCGCGUUACGUGACGGUGAAAUGUUCGAAGUGACAAUAGAUAAAAUGGUCGCCAGAUGGUCCGGUGCUAUAGAAGCAGGUGUUACUGUGAUAAGACCUGAUGAAUUGGAAUUCCCAUCUACGAUGACGGAUAUCGAUCACGACACGUGGAUGCUCUCGGGAUCGACGGUAAUGCGCGAUGGCGUUACAUUGCGCAAUAAUUACUCUUGCGAUUUAGACAAAUUGAUCGAGGGCAAUCGGAUCGGAAUGAUGCGGUGUUCGGACUCUUCCUUGCAUUAUUAUUUGGACGGAAUAGAUCAAGGUCCCGCUUGUACGGGUCUCCCGUCGAACGUUUAUCCAGUAAUCGAUCUUUAUGGGCAAUGCGCUCAGGUGACGAUUGUGUUGCCUGAACGCAGGGAUCCUCUGACACAGCAAUAUUUACCAUCGGAGAACAGUAUUAGUCAACAACCUACUUCGGUGAUCCAACCUCAGGUGCAAACGGAGAUUCUACACAAGUUUCACGAAUCAGUCGGACUAAACAUACAACUGAAUAGUGAUAGGACGGUGGCAACUAGAUGCAGGGAGUACAAUAAUGCCGUACUGUUGAGUGACACGCCGUUGGAAAAUAACGAGCUUUUCGAAAUCGCGAUUCAGGAAGUAGCGCGUGAAUGGAGCGGUUGUCUGAGGAUAGGCGUCCUGAGUAACGAAACGGGAAACUGGUUGACUUCGAUGAAUCUUGUGCCCGGUAUGACGUCCAUACCCAGCGACGCUUGGUAUCUGACGGGUAACGAAGUGAGACAUAUGGGUUUUGCACUCACCUCGAAUUACUGCACGAGUCUGGAUUGGUUGCGAGUGAACGACAAAAUCGGCGUGAAACGUACACCCGAAGGCAACCUCAAGUUCUACAUGAACGGCGAGGAUAUGGGUGUGGCGGCGUCUGACGUUCCGGAGAUGGUGUAUGCGGUGAUCGAGCUCUUCGGCAGCACUGUGGCCGUGAACAUCACUAGCAGCAAACAACAAAAUCCCGCGAUAUCUCCCAACGCCAGUCUGAGACUGCAAGAUUCGUUGGAACUCUUGCUGGACCCGAUGCCGCCAAGAAAUGACACGGGAAUGGAUACAUCUAUCGACGUGUCCGAGGGAAAAUUGAUGAACGAGGCGACACUUACACCAACGCAAUCCGCUGUCGUUGGCUUAACAGCUGGCGACGGGGAUUGGAGCUAUGAAUUCCACGAAAAUCAUGGUAGGAACAUUCAGCUGGAAACAAAGACGAUCGCUAGGCGAGUGGCCAGUUACAAUCAAGGUGUAGUAAUGUCCAGUCGUCCAUUAAUAAAGGGCAAACCAUUCCAAGUGAAGAUAGAGAAGUUAAACGAACGUUGGGUAUCGAAUAUCCUUUGCGGCGUUUCUUGCAUAACGCCGGAGAAGCAGACGAGCUUUCCGUUGACGGCGCUGGGCUUUAAAAAACACUCGUGGAUCAUUUGUAGCGAUUGGAUAUUUCACAACGGCAUGAGGGUGAAGACGAAGUACGGCGCCGGCUUGGAAAAUCUUCAAUGCAACUCUAUCGUGGGUCUACUGAUCGACGAAGACAUUCGAUUGCAUCUGUUCAUCAACGGCAUUGAUCAGGGUGUGGCCGCGACCGAUUUGCCGCCAUAUGUCUUCGCCGUGAUCGAUCUGUACGGUCAGUGCGAGCAGGUGUCCAUCGCGGGCGUCAACGAGGAAUCCACUUACACAAACGUCGCCAUCGACAAUGCGCUCGUGGCCCCUAUUGAAUGCACGAGUGUAGAAGCGGAAGACGUGGAAAAUUCGCGCGAGAAAGCAGACCUAGAGCGACACGAGAAGGAGAAUGCAAUGGCGACUACUUCUUCAGACCUCUCACCGUCCUCGACGUCUCCCAGUGUACCGAGUCAAUGUGGUUCGAGUACCAGGGAUGGCAAUCUCGAAGCCGAGUAUUCAUCUUUCGACAGCACGAAUCUGGCAAACAAUAGCCUAGCCAGCAAAGCUGCGUCGAGCGUUGACAGCAAUAAUUCGGACUCGUGUUCAGAGUUGAGUAACGAGUUGGUGCGAAGUGCCAAGAACAGAGCGUACCUGGAUAACGCCGGACAAACGUCGUUGAACAACCAAGCUGAGAACAACUCGAGCGAGUCUAAUCUCGACUCGACGGAGAAUCGCACGCUCGUCAGCUUAAGCAUCAGAAACGAAUGUACAAACGUUGAGAUAAAUAACGCGACUAACAUUAACAUACAGAAAGGUAUGGUCGCGAGCGCCAGCAACAUGACCAGCCUGAACGCGGCGAUCACAGCGACGAACGCGAACAAUGCGAUUAACGAAAGCAUAGCGUCCAAUAGUCAAGUCAAUAGCAGCGCGCAGCAGAACAAUUUGUCGGAUCUUCCCAACAACGUUUGUUCUGGCUUCCAUGAGCCGCGAUCCUACGCGAAUCGGGACAACGCCGCGUCGAUGAUGCGCGACAACUCGAUUUUCAACGGGAACAUACUUCCGAGCCAGAACGCGAUCAACCAGACGCGGGACGCGUCCUCGAUUCCCCUGAUACCGUCAUCGUUACCGUCCACUCCACUCGGCUCUACCAUCGUCACGUCGUCGAGGAAAUGCGAGUAUCUGAAGGCAUGCAUACAGCUGAAGAAGUCACUUGUUCUGCCAGACGAAUUCUUCUCCGCCGACGAGAUAGUGUGCUACUGCAGUGCGUGUUACAAGGUGGACGACGAUAACGCGAUCUGCAAGAAGGGCGAACCGCCUGCGGAAUUCGCGAUACCAGUCGGCUGGACCAGGUUCCCGUUGAAGCAAAGCAUCAACGCUAAUCAGAUGCCACAGAGCACAACGGACAAAUGGCACGUUGCGUUUUACGGUAUACGACUAGAUGCGAUAAGAUUGAUUCUAGAUAGAGGAGAGCUUAUGACCAAAGAGCAAUUAGACGUGAGCAACUUGACAGCGGGUACAAAAAGCGAGGAACAAAAUCCGCAAGUUUCAUUCUCGCCCAGCAUCAAGUACGCUGCGUCCGAUGAAUUUACUAGAAAGUAUCCGUAUAUCGAUACGCAAUCGAAAAAACUGAACGCGUCAACUGCGUUCCAAUUGCUAGUAAGACCCGGCUCGUAUACGAUCAGUCCCGGCGACAAAGAUAGCACCGAGUUGCAUUGCGAAUCCAGCAAAUGGGCCACCAAAGAAGCCGGAGCCACUGUGAUUGUCGCGCUGCUCGUUCAUCUGGACGGAUUCUAAUCCGUGUCUGUUUCUGAAAGUGUUUCACGGACUCAAGUGUCAUUACGUCGAUCUACGGACCGUGAGUGAUUGUACAUACAUACAUACAUACGAUAUGCCGACCAUGUUGAGAGACAGUUUCGUGAUCGAUGUUUCAAUUCCGUCGAAAUCGCGCGUACAUAUUUAUGUUAGACACCGCGUAAGUUAUCCUCGUGCGCGUUCAGCCAUUUAAGAAUUGUGUCAUCAUGAUUCACAUGGUAGAAAUUAAUCCAAAUUCUCUAGAUCAUCUCUUUUCAACGUUUAUUGUGUACAGUACAGAUAUAAUUGUAAUAGAGUUUACGUUCUCGUUUAUUUAUACAUAGAAUAUACUUAAUAUGUAGAAUCCUCGAGCUUCAACUAGGAAGAGAUUCGCCACGGAUAGCUAACGAUAGCUGGAAAUUUUGUGAUGCACCAUAAAAGACCUUACCUUAAGUUUUAAAUGUUUUAACACGCGCGUCCCAUAUAUUUGUCGCUAGACUGGCCUAGGUUGAUGCUCACGAGAUCAAAUAGCGUAAAUGAAGUACGUAUAUGAUAUUACGCUGGUGACGAUUAGAAUCGCCGAAGAGAACACAAGUAUUUUUGACGCCCAUGCUUCACGCCUAAUCGAUAUACCAAAUCCCUAAUUGUAUUGCAUUAGUAAGUAAAUCUCAAAACACACGCGCGAUACGAUUUUUUUAACGCACUCUUCUGCAGCAUCGAUAGAAAAGAAAAACGAACCGUGUAAUAUGUCCAUGUUGUAGAAAUAAACAAUGCAGGUGCAUCUCGCAUUGCCACAACCAAACGUGUGGCUUACGAAUUAAUUAGAUAUAUCUCCAUUUUUACGGCAAGAAAAUUUAUUUUAGAAUUUAUUCGAUAUCGCUCACGCACAAUUAUACGUUCGUAAGCUACACUGCUGACAAGAAAAAAUAA